AUUUCUGUUUUGCAGCCGUUUUGACGAACGUCGCCGUAGGGAAAGGAUCUACUUGAGAACGUGGUGUGUUACUGAAGAACGUUGAAGAUACAUUGAACAGAAGCUCUCGUAAGAGCUUCUUGCCUUUUACUUAUUUUCUACAACUAAAUUUUAAAAUAUUCUUCUGCCGCUUAUCUCGCCACGUACUCCCAUUCCUUUCUUACGUUAUUCCACCGAGAGAAUGUUGAAUGGAUUUGAUCGACAUUUAAUGACUGCACGAGGCAGCGGGCGAGCGAGGGCGCCGGCGUCUCUGAUUUCUACGCUCGAGCCACAGACCUUGAAAGCACCCCUCGGCCACCGUUCUCAAGCACACCGAGAAGUCACCGACGACGUUGCGUCGAAAUAUGGGCGCGAAAAGUUUCUUUUUCGAUUAGUAAAGAGAAUUUGGGGAUUUUUUCAGGACAAUACGAAAAUUGUAUCAUCUUUAAAUGAACACUAA